AAUUCGCUGCGAUCGUGACACAACUCCCGCCAGACCAACGGACGAGAUGAACCAGAUCAAGACGAUCGUCGACGAUUGCAUUGCCGACAUGUGGAUGGCGCUGGACCCGAACGGCAAGGGCGUCCUGGAGAAACACACGGCGCAGUACUUUGUGAGCCUCCUGUCCUGCGCCAUUGAAGCCCACGGCGGCCAAGUGGAACCAUUUGACUUUGACAACGACUUCGACGAGUUCGACACGGACGGCGACGGCAAGUUGAGUCGAAGCGAGAUGCGGUCAUUCGUCGAGCAGUUGAUGGGCAUCCCCCUGAUAUCGUACUUUCGAUUCGGCGGCCCCAUGGUCAACGCCGCCGACCACCGCCAAUGCAUUGAAUCCCUUUAACUUAUCACUGUAAUAUCCAAACUUUGUACAAUGCUUAUA